AUGGCCUCUCUGAAAGCCCCAAAGUCCGCAGGCCGCACCAGUCGCUCCCGCUCUCCCUCCCCCCCUCCCAGCUCCAGACCCGACAUGGCGCCGCUUACGAUCCGCAACGUCACGGCCAAUGUGCUCGAGCUCGUGCUCACCGAGCGCUUCGAGCGGGCCCCCGCGCAUGGCGGCGGCUUCUCCCGCAUCACCGCGCUCUUCACCACCAGCCCCGCCACGUCGCCGGCCCUGUUCGCGCCCGGCGACGGCCAGGAGCCAAGCGAGCGCGUCGAGGUCGCAGGCGCCGCCGUGGGCGCCUUCGAGACGCUGGUCACGGAGAUCCGGGCCCCGGAGCCCGGCAGGUCGGUCCUGCGCCUGACCUUCCGUGCCGCGGGUGCGGGUGCGGGUGCGGCGCAUAGAUAUGUCGUGGAUUGCCCCAGCCCCGGGCCCCGGACCGUGGUGAUGACCAGGGUGGGGGACGGCGACGAUGUGACGACGCCGCCGCUGGAGCUGACGGCGGUGUACACGGCGGCGGCGCACCACCUGUCGGUGCUCAGCUCGGCCAGCCUGUCGCGGUGGAUGCGGGAGCUCGGCGACGGGUGGCCGCUGUCGGCGCUGUCCAUCCCGGGGACGCACAACAGCCCGACGUGCCACGUGGCGCUGCCGUCGGUGCGGUGCCAGGCGGUGGGCGUGCGUGAGCAGCUCGACAACGGGGUGCGCUUCCUCGACCUGCGCGUGUCGGCGUCGCGGGGCGACGGCAACGACGCCCUCGCCCUCGUGCACAGCGUGUUCCCCGUCUCGCUCGGCGGCAACAGGUAUCUCGCCGGCCUCCUGGAUGAGCUCUACGCCUUCCUGGACGACAACCCCUCCGAGGCCCUCAUCAUCAGCCUCAAGAGGGAGGGCACCGGCCGCGGCACCGACCAGCACCUGUCGCAGCACCUGUUCCGGCGGUACUGCGCCGACGCCGCCGCCCGGCGGUGGUUCACCGAGCCGCGCAUCCCCACCCUGGGCGAGGCGAGGGGCAAGAUCGUCCUGGUGAGGCGCUUCAACAACGACCCCGCCCUGCAGGCCCAACACGACGGCCGCGGCUGGGGCAUCGAUGCCUCGGCGUGGCCCGACAACUGCGCCGACGGCACCGUCGCCAGCGGGCUCGUCCGCGUGCAGGACUUCUACGAGGUCGGCAAGAGUGCCGCCAUCGACAAGAAGGCCGAGCUGGCCCGGUCGCACCUCGAGAGGGCAGGCCAGCAGGUCUUUGCCGCUGCCGCCGCGCCCGGGGACGGCCCUCCGCCGCCGCCCCUCUUUGUCAACUUUCUCACCGCGAGCAACUUCUUCAACGCCAGCUGCUGGCCCGAGAAGAUUGCCGCCAGGGUGAACCCCUCCAUCAUCGAGUACCUGUGCGUGAGGCACGCCGAGCAGGGCAGAGGCCCCGCGCGGCUGGACGUUGGGCAUGGCGGCACAGGCAUCGUCGUCACGGACUGGGUUGGCCAGGGCGGGGAUUGGGACCUGAUAAGAUGCAUUGUCGCAUGGAACGCGAAACUACAGCUCCGCUAG